ACGGUCGAUCUUGGAGUUCAUUGCCUAUAAAAGGAGAUGCUUUGUCAGAUUAGUUGGUGUGCUUUUUCCUUCUCAUCUAGAGAACUGCUAAUAUCGUUGCUUGUUUUUUCUUUUCUUGUUUUUUCUUUCUUGAACGAGAGGCGAAAAGAAUGAUGGCUAGAGAUGGUAUAUUGAUUGCAAUAUCGUCACUUCUUGUUCUUGCAGCUGUUGGGGUUUCUAAUGCUGAUGGUUUGAGCCUGCGUUUCUACAACACAAGUUGCCCAGAUGCUGAGCUGAUUGUGAGGAACAUCACAAGGAAUAGAGCUCAAAGUGACUCAGCUUUGGGUGCUAAACUUUUAAGAAUGCACUUCCAUGACUGUUUUGUUAGGGGGUGCGAUGCAUCCAUACUGUUGGAUGCAGUUGGAAUUCAAUCUGAGAAAGAUACAAUUCCUAAUCAAUCACUGUCAGGUUUCGAUGUCAUUGAUGAAAUUAAGACUCAACUCGAGCAAGUUUGCCCUGGAGUUGUUUCAUGUGCAGACAUUCUGGCCUUGGCAUCUCGUGAUGCUGUUUCGUUAUCGUUCCAGAAGCCAUUAUGGGAUGUCUUAACUGGAAGAAGGGAUGGCACAGUUUCUCUAGCAUCUGAAGUCAAUGGAAACAUUCCUUCCCCAUUCGCAGAUUUCAACACUCUCAUGCAACAAUUUUCCAACAAGGGUCUUGAUGUCAAUGACCUUGUGGUUCUCUCAGGUGGACAUACUAUAGGUGUUGCUCACUGUGCCACAUUUACAAAUAGACUGUAUAACUUCACAGGCAUUGGAGAUAUGGAUCCUUCUCUAGAUAAAACCUAUGCAGAGUUGUUGAAAACCAAAUGUCCGAAUCCAUCAAAUCCAGCAACAACUGUGGAGAUGGAUCCUCAAAGCUCACUCACAUUUGACAAGAAUUACUACGAUAUUCUUCUUCAAAACAAGGGCCUUUUUCAGUCUGAUGCUGCAUUACUCGAAAAUACACAAUCUGCCAGGAUAGUUCGACAGCUGAAGACAUCAAAUGCCUUUUUCGCUAAGUUUGCUAUAUCGAUGAAGAAAAUGGGAGCUAUUGAAGUGCUUACAGGAAAUGCUGGACAGAUCAGGCAGAACUGCCGUGUAGUAAAUCCAUAAUUAAGGUUAAGUCAUUAAGACAACCUUAAAGUUAAACUUAAUUUAAUGAUAUAUACUAUGGUUAAGUAGGUUCUUGUAAUAAUGAAUUAUAUGUCACAAUCAAUAAUUUUCAAUGUUUGACUUAAA